AUGAGCGACAGUGACAAGGAACAAAUCGACCGCCCUGAGCCCCUCCUCGAGGAAGGCAAGUUCGAUAGCGAAAUCACCGGCAACACCGCUUACAUACGCUGGGACGUCAAGGGUGGCCGAGACCGUGACCACUACCCUAGCUUUGACACCUGGGAACCUUUGGAGGGCACUCCUAACAUUCAGGGUUUCACCUGUCGCAGUGCUGUUGACCUCUGGAUCUACAUUGGAGAUGAAAGUGAAAAGUUCUCCGGACCGACUGAAGGCAAAAAGAAGAUCGACGCUCGACGUACCUCAAAGUACAAGAUUGUGCGACGUUGA